AUGACAUCAUUACAAUCUUCUACUUUUUAUGACACGAGUAAUACAAAUCACCAAGCUAAUUCAAACCAACAACCGCAACAAAUCCCUACAACACAACAUGUACCACAAUUAGCUCAUCAAAAUCAAUCAGCUUUUUACCAUCAAUCACUAGAAAACUCCCCUACAUCAAGUACCACGUCUUCCUAUUUUGAUAAUUUGGAAUAUCAGCAGAGACAACAACCACAAGAAAUACCUACUCAAUAUGACCAACCACAACAGCAGAACCACCAACAGAUGGGACUCAGUCAACAAGACUUACACUCCCAUCUACAAAACGAACCAAACAAUAAUGCAAAUAAUCAAGAUAUAAAUAAUUCAAUAUCGACCACACCUCAAUAUCAACAACCAGAUGGAAUACUUGACCAACAACAACAACAGCAAUUAGAAGAUCCAAUAAAUAAUAACGACACAACAACGAAUGACUCAGGGAUAGUAGAACAACCAUUUUACGUAAAUGCAAAACAAUACCACAGAAUAUUGAAAAGAAGAAUAGCAAGAGCAAAAUUGGAAGAGAAUUUAAAAAUUGCUCGUAUCAGAAAACCUUAUUUACAUGAAUCAAGACAUAAACAUGCAAUGAGAAGACCAAGAGGUCAAGGUGGUAGAUUUUUAACUGCUAGUGAAAUUGCUGAAUUAGACAAAAAAAAUAAAGAAGAAGAAGAAGCUAAAAAAUUAAAAGAAAAAGAGGAAGCUGAAUCAAAUAAUAAUAGUAAGAGUUUUGUAGAUGAAAAGGCACCAGUAAAUGAGGAAAGUCUAAAUUAUGGUGAAGAGAACAGAAAUGGUGUGCUAAAUCAAUCUAGUGAAGACAAGUCUACUGAAAUAAUUAACACCGCUACCGCGACUAUUGAUAGUGUUGUUAAAAAUGAAGUGAUACUGUGA